GCGAGCGCAAAGAAAUCAACUGCUUUAUGAAAGCUCAUCAGUAAGGCAUUGGGUAUUGAAUGCGGUUAUUUAAAAAGACAAGGACAUAAUAGUCAUUUUCUUAGUAUUUUAUUAGACAUAUGCAAGACGAACAAGCAGUCAGGAGGAUUUUUGAAACUGUGGACAGGAACAGAGACGGAAAUAUUGAUCACACGGAGCUACAGUCGGCACUAUCAAAUGGUAUAGGUACACCGUUCAACACUAGAACUGUUCAGCUGAUGAUUUCAAUGUUUGACCAAGACAGAAAUGGAACCAUUGAUUUAAGAGAGUUCGCCUAUUUAUUCAAAUAUGUUCAGGAUUGGCAACGGUGUUUUCGUCAAUAUGAUCAGGAUAGAUCUGGAUUACUCGAUGCUAGAGAGUUCCAAAGUGCAUUGUCCUGUUUUGGUUACCGACUCUCUCCUUGUUUUAUAAAAAUGAUGAUCGGUCGUUUCGACCGUAAUAAACAAGGACAGAUCGCCUUCGAUGACUUUAUUUUUGCUUGUGUAUGUCUCCAAAUUCUCACAAACUCUUUUAGACGAUAUGAUAUAAAUCGUAAUGGAUAUGCACAAUUCAGUUUUGAAGAAUUUUUAUCUUCUGCUAUGUCUAUAAUUAUUUGAUAAAUAUAUCUGUAAUAAAAAGAAAAAAACAAAACAAAUGGUUACUGUACAAAAGAAAUAUAUACAGAUGGUCAUUAUCAAUCACUUCACUUCUAUAUGGUAAUUGUUUUUGUUUGUUUGUUUGUUCAAUUUGUUUAUUUUAUUUAGUCUUCCUCUUUUUAUUGAACAAACGAAAGAAAUAAACAUGAUUAGAAUUUCUUUAGUAAACCUAAAUUAACUUUAAUUUUAUUGCAUUGCUUUUACGCUAAGGAAUUCCGUAGAACUCUUCGAUUGUUGUUUCUGUUAUGUAAACUUUUUUUAAGCUUAUCAUUAUGACACAAUUUUGAGUUGGAUUUUUGUACUUGCUUCAAUUUUUGAUUACUAUUUUUUUUCUUUUCUAUUCAGCUAUUUUCUGUUGUUUUUGUUUGGAGAAAAAACUGAUAUUGUUUUUUACUUGGUUGUCUUUUUGUUUACUUUUUGUGAAUAUCCAAAAUCAUUGCAUAAACCA